AUGGAGGAGGAGGCUGCAAGGAAGAGGAAGAUGCCGCGGGCCCCCCAGGCAGCCCCAGGCCCCGAGGUGAGGCCGGAGAGCGCGGAGGACAAAUCCCGGCGGCAGAGCCUGGUGGGAGAGGCCGUUUUGAAGGGCUCCCCGGCGCAGGAAGGCAGCGGGGAGGAAAAGGGCCGGAGAUGCCCCCGCAGGAGGGGCUGCAAAGCCAGCCCAGGGGGCUGUGAGGAGGAAAGAGCCAGCGUGUGCCGGGAAGGCGGCCGGAGCUUGAGGCGGAGCUGCGAGCUGGUGGUCCCUGAGCAGCCUCCCAGCAGGGAAAAGCCCUUCAGGUGUUUGGAUUGUGGGAAGAGCUUCAGCAAGAGAACCAACCUCCAGAGGCACCAGCACAUCCACACUGGGGAACGGCCCUACACGUGUGGGGAGUGUGGAAAGAGCUUCACUCAGAGCUCCAACCUGCUCCAACACCAGAUGAUCCACAGUGGGGAACGGCCCUACACGUGUGAGGAGUGUGGAAAGAGCUUCAGUGACAGCUCCACCCUCCGCACCCACCGUCGCAUCCACACCGGGGAACGGCCCUACACGUGUGGGGAGUGUGGGAAGAGCUUCAGUGACCGCUCCACCCUCCGCAACCACCGUCGCAUCCACAGUGGGGAACAGCCCUACACGUGUGCGGAGUGUGGGAAGAGCUUCAGGAAGAGCUCCACCCUCCACAGUCAUCGACGCAUCCACAGUGGGGAACGGCCCUACAUGUGUGGGGAGUGUGGGAAGAGCUUCAGUGACAGCUCCACCCUCCGCAACCACCGUCGCAUCCACAGUGGGGAACAGCCCUACACGUGUGGGGAGUGUGGGAAGAGUUUCAGGCAGAUCUCCCACCUGCUCCGACACCAGAUGAUCCACAGUGGGGAACGACCCUACACGUGUGAGGAAUGUGGGAAGAGCUUCACUCAGAUCUCUGACCUGCUCCGACACCAGAUGAUCCACAGUGGGGAAGGCCCUACACGUGUGCGGAGUGUGGGAAGAGCUUCAGGGACAGCUCCAGCCUUUGCAAACACCGUUGCAUCCACACCAGGGAAUGGCCCUACAAGUGCUUGGAAUGUGGGAAGAGCUUCAGCACAAGCACCAAGCUGCUCAGCCAGCAGCACAUCCACACUGGGGAACAGCCCUACACAUAGAUAG